UCCUCGACUCCUCCAGACGACCAGAGAUCACAUGCCCGCCCCAUCUCUCUCCCCAAAACGGCUCCCCUCCAAGCUUGCCUCGAGUCCGAUCCAUUACUCCACUCCACGGCGCCAGCGCCCACCUUCGCCGCCCAGCUAAAAAUCCCCCCGUUCUCCUCAACGCCUGUUUGUCCUCACAUGGCCGGAGCCAGACGUCGCAGCAGCAGCCCUCGCCUCCACCCUCGCAUUCCGAACACCCGCUUCCAACUCCUCCCCGGAUCGCUGCUUCUCCACUAGAGCUGAGCUGAUCGAUGGACCACGAGCAGCGGCGCCAGCGGCAGCAGCACAGUCCCAGAGGCAAUGCUCCUGGGAGCGGGAGGUGCGGCACCUCGUCGGGGAAGCACAAGGGCGGCGGCGGCAAGGGCAAGAAGCCCAUCAAGGUGGUGUACAUCUCCAACCCCAUGCGCGUCAAGACUAGCGCCGCAGGUUUCCGCGCCCUCGUCCAGGAGCUCACCGGCCGCGACGCCGACCCCUCCAAGUACAGCCCGGAGGACCUCGCCGGCGCCGCCGACGCCGCUGUGGCGGCGGCCGACCUUGACUGCGGCGCCGCCCAGGGGCUCAGCCCCGGCGGCGCGGCCGCGUCGUCCGAAACCAUCGUCGCCAUCCCCAGCCCUGCUGCGGCGGACCACCUGCCCGACGCCGCGGCCGAGGCCGCGCCGUACGGCGGGGACUACUACGACGAGGGGGAGGACGAGGAUGGCUUCGGGUCGCAGCUGCUGGAGAACAACUACACGGUGUUCUCGCCGCCGACGCUGCUCUACGACCACCACCCGUACAGCAAGUUCCCAUUUGGUUAAGCGCACAUGUGGGGCUUGGAGUGUUACUCCUACACAAUACUCGUAAGGGAACACCAGGAGAUGAUCUGUAUGCAGCUGCCCUGCCCUUCAGAAACUCUAUUGGCAAAGGAUGUGAAUACAUGAUAGCUCUGGUCUGCAAUUGGCUGUGUUAUUCGUCUGUGGUCCUAGCGCGGGAGUAGUAGGCAUGCAUGUUAGGCCAUUCUCGGUGUGAGUUUCACACAUCCAUAUUUUAAAAACUGUGUAGAAGAGUUUUAUCUUUAUAAAACUCUCUAUACUUUUAUAAAACUCUUAUCAUCUCUCUUCGUUAAUAUGGUGCCACAACAGCAUAUUUAAUGCCAUAAAACUCUAGUGAAACUCCAUUGAAACUAACCUUAGCAUGUAAUGUAGGGAAGACUGGUGUACUAUUUGUCCCUGGUUUGGUCGAUAAGCUGAUGGUUCAGUCCUCUGAUCGAGCAGUA